AUGGAAGGUGAGGGUAUUCAUGGCGAAGGCGAGAGUAUUUCGUCGAGCUCCACCAGCAGCAGCAAUGAAUCUGGAGAAUUCUCAAAGAAUGUAUCGACGACGACGAUCAUACCGUCUGCCGCCAGUGUUUAUAUGGAUUCGGACUCUGAGGAUCUUAAUUACGAUGAUUAUUUUGAUGCCGGUGAAGAAUUUGUGCAGAAAGAGGGUGUGAAUAGGGGCCUGAUUGCUCCUCUGGGUGACCUAGAUAAUUAUUACCCACAAGCUCUAUUUUGUUUGGCCAACUUUAACUUUAAUCAUAAUACUGAUUUCGUAUUUCAAAGGAUUGUAAGAGGAUGGCUUGGUGGACCCAUUGAAUUUUACCUUAUAUUUGAGGCAAGCAGUCCUCGCAUUGCAGGAGGCACUCCUCAAGUCUUCCAAUCUUAUUUUUAUGACUUUUAUGGUGGAUUGGGAGGCGAGAAGUUGGAUUUCUGCAGGUUACACCCCAUAGAUUGUGCAAUUACUCUUGAAGAUCUUCCUGCUGGUUGCAGUGAAUAUGACAAUUCUCUGGACCACACCCAAGAUGUAGUCCAUAUGUCUUCUGUUUAUGCUACCUUCUGCAAAGGCUUACAAGAGGGAAUUGAACUUUCUUUCCAGGAGAUCAAUAGCUUCUAUAAAAUUGUAGAACCAACUUUGCUCAAGGGCUUUGCAUUUGGAUACAACAUCACCUUUAGCGCCUUUGACAGAGAAGCUGCCUCUCGGGACCUUAAAACUUACGAAGCAGUGGUGGUGUUUAAGGAAGGUCUAAGUGUAAUUUCUGUCAUAUCUGCUAUUGAGAAGGAUGACCAAAAUGGAACAAAUUAAGGUAACUACUAUAUGAUUGUGUCUUCCAUGUUUUUUUGUAGUACCCAAUUGUGUCUUUAUUUGAUAUA